CAGUGAUGGCGGUGGUGUUUGUUUUCCUGAAGCUGCUGUAGUUUGGAAAAGCUCCCAAAGUGGAGAAAAGCGUCCGGAGCGUCAUGUCUAGGAUGCAGAUGUUGAGGGCUCUUGUCGAGGAGAGACUGACGGCAGCGGCGGAGGAGAUUCUAAGAGUAAUGGAGAGGAGGAGAAAGAUAGAAGAGGAGGAGGAGAAGGAGGAGGAGGAGGAGGAGGAAGGGCUGCACACACCAGAAAUGUCACCUGACCAGCAGAGGGCAGCAGUGCACAAGCGGUUAUCAGUAGCUGCUGAUGAGAUACUCAGGAUCUUAGAGCUAAUGAUGGGUGAACAUGAGGCAGAGAAGAUCGACUGUCAUGACAAACCACUGGACAUCACAUCUCUGAGUACUGAGCCAGAUUUACACAAAGGAGAAGGAUUCCUUCUCUUCAGGUCUGAAUGUGAAGACGACAAUCUGGUUCAACAGCAGAAUAAGAGUCCCAGGCGAGUCCAGAUAACCUCCCAUCUUCCUCAGAUUAAAGAUGCUUCAACAGAAACAGACUUUGAGUUUAUCAAUGGUAAGCCUUCACAUCUUCACCAAAUGCAAAGAGCAGAUAAGAGCACUUUAACAAUGAUGGAAAUGGAGACAAGAGAGUACUCCAGAGCACCUGCCAGUGAUGAUAAUGAUAAUGAUAAUGACAGUGAUCCAGAAUUAAAGGAGGAAAAUCAGAAAUCCAAGAAGAGGAGAGCAUUUAAGAGACAUGGUCCAGGUUGUUGCAAAAUGUGUGGUACGUCUUUCCAAAAAGGUGUCGCUGGGAAAAAUAUGAAAGAGAACACAAGAAAAUCUGCCAAAGCAAAUGAGAGCCAAAGUGCCAGACAGAGUUGUUGCAGAGUGUGUGGAAAGUUUUUCCGAUAUAAACGUUCUUUUCUGAAACAUGUGCUUACACAUGAGCGCAGCACUGGUCUCUGCGGAGUGUGCGGAAAACACCUGGAGUCUGACGAAAGCUUGAAGGUACAUUUACAAACCCACAACGAGGAGAACAGCUGCAGGGAUCGAUCCGCCACAGAUGACAAACCGUCCGAGGCCGACUGCUCUGAAGCGGAGAAUAAAGCAGAUGAUAGCGAGGAAGACUGGAAGCAAACGGACAGCGAUGAUGCAGACAGUGAUAAAGAUGAUGCCAAAAAACCACAACCUAAAACAGAUAUCGAUGGAUCAGACUCACCUGAGAGGCCUGAAAACAAGGACUGUAAGAUGGUACCCCAGCUGAAGUUUAGUUGUAAAGUGUGUGGCAGAUCGUUCUGCUACCGGGCAUCUUUUCUGAAACAUGUGCAAGAAGAUGAGAGAGAUACAGAUGUUUGUGGAGUUUGCGGAGAACGUUUUCAGAGCGAAGAGAGCUUGAGGCUUCACUUGCAAACCUACAUCAGGACUAAUGAUUGCGAGGUUUGUGGAAAACACUUCGAUGGACAUAAACAGCUGGAGAUGCACAUGAGAACCCACACAGGUGAGAAACCUUACAUUUGCACCAUCUGUGGAAAGGCAUUUGCUCAGAAUGGUAACUUGAUGGGACACAUGAGAGUCCACACAGGGGAGAAGCCGUACGUCUGCAGCGUAUGUGGCCAGAGCUUUAGUUUUAAAGAAUAUAUGACAGCUCAUAUGAGAAUUCAUACCGGAGAGAAACCGUUCCUGUGCAGCGUCUGCGGCAAAGGAUUCAGACAGAGGGGGACCCUGAAAACACACAUGAUGAUCCACACAGGAGAGUCCACGCAUCACUGCAAUAUAUGUGACAAAAAAUUUUACAAGAGUGGAGCGCUGAAAAUCCACAUGAGGUCCCAUACAGGAGAGAAGCCAUAUCUGUGUAAUGUCUGUGGAAAAAGCUUCACGGCGAGUGGAUCGCUGACCAAACACAUGGGAGCUCACGAGGGGGAGCGGGCACACUGUUGCAACGUCUGUGGAAAAAGAUUUUUGAGGAAAGAGGACCUGAAAAGACACUGUGAGACGCACCAACCAACACAGCUGACAAGACUUUAAAAUGUACACUUCUAAAGGAAAAAGAGCUACAUCUAAUUGUCCAGUAGUUGUCUGCAGUGUCACGUUCCCUGUUGGAUAUUUAACACUUGUAGUUUCUAGCAUCGUUUGGAAAAAUUCCACUAUUACCUUUAAGGAUAAUGAAAUUCAGGUGGUCUAAGAGGACAUGAGACAUCUCCGUCUGUCUCUCUUUCCAUGUCUUUUCAGGCUGUAGAAAAUCUACCCAGUGACGUCCUAAUUUUUGCUUCAGGUAAUAAAGUUAAAUACAUGAUUGACAGAUGUAAUUUCCAGUCUGAUCAGAUGUGACCUGGAAGUGAUUCAGCAGCUGUUUCAAUGCGGAAGCGUGGAGAAGUGGCUUCAGUUUCCCAUGAGAACAUGAAACUCUGUCAAUACAAUUUAACAUUUCACCUCUAAAUAUAUAACUAUAUAUUGAUUGACAACUUCUGUUAUUUUCAGAUAUUUGCAAUGGUGUGCUACAAUUUUUAAAAUUAAUAAAUUACACAGCCUAUUUAAUACACUA